CCACAUUUCUGUCAAACUGACUCUUGUGUCUCAACAAAACCAAUAAAGAAUCAGCAAUCAGUGGAGAACGAAGAAAAAUGCUUUAAGGAAGAAUUUUUGAGACAUUUGUUUCUAAACAGACAGCAGAUCUUUGUGAUUCAUGUAGUUAUUUUUGAAACCGUCGUUCAGAAAGUGAAAGUAAAGUUUAGAUUGCUGGAGCUCAAACAGUGAAAAUGGCUUCAGCAGCUGAAGAUGAUUAUAUUUGUUCUGUAUGUCAUGAAAUCUUCAAGGCUCCUGUUCUUCUAUCAUGUAGUCACAGUGUCUGUAAAGAGUGUCUUCAACAGUUCUGGAGAACCAAGAAAACUCAGGAGUGUCCUGUCUGCAGAUCCUCAAAAGAUGAACCUCCAGUUAAUCUGGCAUUAAAGAACUUGUGUGAGUCGUUCCUGAAGGAGAGAAAUGAGAGGAGUUCAUCAGGAUCUGAGGAGAUCUGCAGUUUACACAGUGAGAAACUCAAACUCUUCUGUCUGGAGGACAAACAGCCUGUGUGUUUAGAGUGUAUGAAUUCACAAAAACACGUCAAUCACACAGUCAGACCCAUCAGUGAAGUUGUUCCAUCAUAUAAGGAGGAGCUCAAUACAGCACUGAAGUCCUUACAGAAGAAACUUCAACACAAUGAAGAAAUGAAAGGAGAGUUUGAGAAAACAGUUCAACACAUCAAGUCUCAAGCUGAGCACACAGAGCGUCAGAUUAAACAGCAGUUUGAGAAGCUUCAUCAGUUUCUCAGAGAUGAAGAAGAAGCUACAAUCACUGCACUGAGGGAGGAAGAGGAGCAGAAGGAGCAGAUGAUGAAGGAGAAGCUGGAGGAGAUGAACAGACACAUCUCAGCUCUUUCACACACAAUCAAAGACACAGAGGAGAUGAUGAAAGCCAAUGACGUCUGCUUUCUGAAGGAGUUUCCAGUCUCAAUGGAAAGAGUCCAGAACUCACAGCUGGAUCCACAGAUGGCUUCUGGAGCUUUGAUUCAUGUGCCACGUUACUUGGGCAACCUGCCGUUCAGAGUCUGGAAGAAGAUGCAGGACAUCGUCCAAAACACUCCUGUCAUUCUGGAUCCAAACACUGCUCAUCCACGUCUCAUCCUGUCUGAUGAUCUGACCAGUGUGAGAGACAACUGGAACAAACGACCUCUUCCUGAUAAUCCAGAGAGAUUUGACGAGUAUUUCUGUGUUCUGGGUUCAGAGGGGUUUAACUCAGGAACACACUGCUGGGAUGUGGAGGUUAAAGAGAGUUCAGAGUGGACUCUUGGAGUAACUACAGCAUCAAACCAGAGGAAGGGGUGGGAUUUCUUCAACACUGAUGUCUGGAGUGUGGAGUAUGAUGUGGACGAAUGUUAUUUUGUUUCUAGUUUUCCUGUUAAACAGAAGCUUGAUCAUGUGAGAGUGAAUCUGGACUAUGAUGGAGGAACGGUGUCAUUCUCUGAUCCUGUAACUAACACACAUCUACACACAUUCACAACCACCUUCACUCACACACUCUUUCCAUUCUUCAGUUGUUCUCACUCUCUGAGGAUCUUAGCGGUUAAUAGUCAGUAAACGUUACUCCUGUAGAUCUGGAUCUUCCAGAUUUCAUCAUGUUUCCAAUAUUUAAUCCAGAUCACAAGAGUAAGAGUGCUGUUGAUCUGAAUAUCAGUAUGGUGGCUGUGAUUGGGCCGUGAUGAUCACAUGACUGAUAUCCAGCACUACAGCAACACUCAUAUUGCUUUAAUACAACAGAUCAAUUAACAAGAAGUUUUUAUUUAUAUUCCACUUCACACAAUUAGACAGAUUGGAGACUAUUUUAGCAUUCAUGUUUUCAGCCUAAUUACCAUUUAACUAAUAAUUUCAGUCAAGUGCGACUCUAAUUUUCCCAUGUUAAUCGAAUAUAAUUUUAUCGUUCUAGUCACUUAACCAGUUAAUUUUACACAUGAAAAAAUUUCAGUUUUGUUGUAAAUGAAUAAUUAUUUCAGUUAUAGAGGUUAAAUGAUCAUCAUAAAAUAAUCCACAAAAGUGUUAAUAAAAUAUGAAUGCUUAUAGAAAUACUUGAUUCAGCCGAUACUACAAAGCAUAUCUUAAAUUAAGUCAGUGGCAUGUUUUGUUUUUAAAAUGCACACCAGUAAUGUUUUUUUCUAAGGCAUGUUUAUAAAUGUUACUUAAAUAUCCUAACUGAACUAAGGCCUAAUCCUGUCUUAAUCUAAAUUAUUUUUGCUACGGUCUCCAAUGUUCUUCUAUAGACCUUUACUCUGUAAUUGUUCAUUUAAAGCCAGAAAUGUCCAUUGUUCAUUUGUAUAUCUCUGUUGAGCCGAGUGAUUUUGUGUGUUUGCACAGAAGUCGAAGCGACUUCUGUGCAGGUCUUAAAAUGUUAAAAUUGAAUGUUAAAUGACACUGUCUGAAUGACACCUGAUUGUGACCACUAGAAAAGACUAUCUGAAUGGCGGAGCGAGAUGAGCACACAGUGUUGAGAAGUGGAAACUCCCUGAGUUCACACCAGGAGCGCCUCUAACCCUGGCAGAAGAGUCCCUUGAGAUUGAGCAGACUCAAGCUGUUUGCUCCGACUGAUAAAGAGUAUCUCAGAACAGAGGAAGGAUCGACGAGCACCUCAUUGCUUAGCAGCAAAAAGUGAAAGGCAACAGAAACUGAUGCUAAAGCAUAGAAUAAAGGGACCAAGAUGUGGUCUAGAGGCAUCAAAAGAUUUAUUUUGUACAUUUGUAUGAUACUUCUGAUAAUGUUGUUGUUUUAGUCAAUUUUAGUAACUGGGUCUAGUGUUGAUCAAGAUUAAUUGGAUUGUCACAGUCAAUAUAUUACUAUUACAGGCCAAAAUUAAAAGGGAGCACAAACAGAUGAGUGAGAGGUAUUCGAUCACACUAGAAGUCUUCCUGACAGUAAAAGUCUGACUUUCUGUUCUUGUUGUCACACAAUGUGUAAAGUUUGGAUAGAGGAUUUUGUGGAAGAUGACACAGUAGUUGUCUACAGUGAAUUCUUACCUACUGUUUAAGAGUGUAAAGAAGGUGUUAAUUGAAGGUUGAAGAUGUUUUAUGAAGCUGGAUAUUACUGAGGGUAAAGGAAAGUGAUUAAGUGUUGUGAGGAAAAGUCACGCUGUGAUUAAUUGAUUAUUUUAUGAUCAAAUGGGGGACUGUAAGAUAAAUCUUAUCAGCCUGACUUUACUUUCUCUGUUUCUCCCUGUUUUCUCUCUCCUAGUCUUUAAGGCUGCGAGGGGAGAAGAGUUUUUCUUGUUUCAUCACACAUCUAUUGUAAUGUACAAUUAUAUAUCUACAAUUGAGGUAAUGUAUCUCUCAUUGGUUAAAUCCAUGUUACUCAUGUAUUCAAUCAAUAUAAUCUCAAGACGAAGACAAUAAAGACAAGCCUUUUAUACUCUC